AUGGCUUCUCCGGCCGCGCUUCCCUUGCCUCCGCCGGGUCCCCGCGGCUCGUCUCCGCCACGCGUCGAUCCGCGUUCCCCGCAGCGGCAAGCCGAGCUGUCGGAUCGAAGACCGCUAUCUGCCACAGAAGCGGUUCCAGUGGUAGUACCGCCAGUGGCAGCGCCGGCGGGCGCAGUGGGCGCAGCGGGAGCAGUGGCGGGGGGUGGAAACGCGCUUACGUACUGCCUCGUGAUAGUGUGUCUGAGCGAUUUUAACAAGGGGGAGCUGAUCAGGAUCCUUCCGCCAUGCAAGCAUCAGUUCCACGUGGCGUGCAUCGACCAUUGGCUCGCCACGAGGACCACGUGUCCGGUCUGCCGAACCGACCUCCAAUCGCCAGAUCCGAUUGUGACUGCCGAGGAUUCGGAGGUAACGGAUAAGGUGGAGGGAGGAGACAACGCAGUCUGA